CCAGAAAUUCCCGAAUAAAUUCUGGCCUGACAUUUCACGUGAACUCCCAUUAAUUCCCCAAUAAUUUUUUUUUGUGAACAAUGGAGAACCCUCCUCCUCUGCUCAUCCUCGUACCGGUCUUCGCUGCCGCUUUCCUACUCUUCGCCUUUAUCCACAAAACUUCCCGGAGAAACAAAUAUGUGGGCCGAAAAGUGCCCGAAGCCGGCUUCGCAUGGCCCAUAAUCGGCCAUUUCCACCUCUUCGCCGCCAACAAACGCCCCACUCACCACAUCCUGUCCGACAUGGCCGACAAAUACGGCCCAAUAUUCCGGCUGAGGCUCGGCGCGCGUGAAGUCGUGGUCGUGAGCGACUCCCAGAUCGCCAAAGAAUGCUUCACCCUCAACGACGCCGCUCUCGCGGGCCGGCCCGAGUCCAUAUCCGCGGAGCACUUCAGCUCCAACUACGCGGCAUUCGCACUCGCCCCGGCCGGCCCGCUUUGGCGGGAAGUCCGCAAGGUCGUCGUACUCGAGCUGCUGUCCACGCGCCGCCUCGACGCGCUCAGGCGCGUCAGGCAAUCCGUGAUGAAAACGUUAGCCCAAGACAUCCACCGGAGCUGGCUGGAGGCCGGCAGGAAAGGCCAGUCCUGUGAGGUCGCCGUUGUGCUUGACAUGAGUGAGUGGUACUGGAAAUUCUUCAUUGGAACGAUGUUCCAGGUACUCUUUGGGAAGCUGCACGAGGAAGAGUGGAGCUUUGCAGCGGCGGCGGUGGAGAGGUUCUUUAGUCUUAUGGGUGCGACGGUGGUGGGUGAUUACCUGCCGUGGCUGAGAUGGAUGGACAUCAGAGGAUAUGAGAAGGCCAUAAAGAAGACUGCCAAAGAUAUGGACAAUCUCAUGGAAGGCCUGCUUCAAGCACACAAGAGGGAAAGAGCAGGAAAAUCAAAGGACGAAGAAGACUUCAUGGAUGCACUGAUUUCCCACUUCGAUUGCAGCAAAGAAAUCGGAAAUGGAUUUGAUGCUGACACAGUUAUCAGAUCAACUUGUCUGACAUUAUUGGGAGCAGGUAGCGAUACAACUGUAACUACAUUGACAUGGGCUCUGUCUUUGGUCUUGAAUAAUGAGGAUGUGUUGAAAAAGAUCCGAGAUGAGCUAGACAUGCAUGUUGGAAAAGAAAGGCUAGUCAAUGACUCUGAUAUAAACAACUUGACUUAUCUUCAAGCCGUAGUCAAAGAAACAUUACGUUUGUAUCCAGCAGGACCCCUCUUGGUACCCCAUGAGGCUCAACAUGAUUGCACGAUAAACAACUAUUGCGUCUUUAAGGGCACACGUUUAUUGAUAAAUGCUUCAAAGAUCCAUCGUGACCCAAGUUAUUGGGCAGAUCCCGAUAUAUUCAAACCAGAGAGAUUCUUGACAGAUCAACACAGGGAAAUUGAUGUGAGAGGCAAACACUUUGAAUUACUUCCCUUUGGAAGUGGAAGGAGAAUAUGUCCUGCAAUUUCUUUUGCGCUUGAAAGUGUGCAAUUAGGGUUGGCUAACAUUAUUCAGGGGUUUGAUGUGAGAAGACCUUCAAGUGACCUCAUUGACAUGUCGGAAGCUCUUGGACUAAGUGUCACAAAGGUGACUCCCCUACAAGUUCUCAUCACUCCACGAUUGCCUUUUCAUCUCUACCUUUGACAUAAUCUACAAUGAGGAUAAACUAAAUGAAAUUACUAAAAGUGGAUUAUCAAGAGUAUUAAGUUUGUUUUUGAUUGAUAUGAUGUAAAAUAAGUAUUUGCAUGCAUGACAAUGUAAUAUUUGUGUGUAAGUGCAUAAUCAAGGAAAAUCAUAUCGGAAAGAAACUAUGACAAUUAUGUUUGGUUUUUGAAUAUCUAUGUAGGACCUCAUUGAACUGAGUAAGUAGUUUGGGCUAGAAUAUAUGGAUGUAACGAAAAGACUUUGUCUAUUCAUCUGCGCCAUUUAUCU